AUGACACAUAAAAAUAGUUAUUCAAAAUUAAGUGAUGCUAUCUAUCAAUCCCAAGACACAUUGUCUAUAUAUAGCCAAGAUAAAUAUUAUACCCAAAAACAAAAUGAUUCAUUUUAUAACAUAAAAAAAUUUAUGUGUUUAGGAAGCGUAGUUAAGGAUGAUGAUAAAUAUGAUGUUUCAAAAAUUGUGUUGGAUGGAAAUAAAAAAUGUAAUAAAACCCUAAAAGAGUCAUUUAAAAUAUUAGGAUAUAAAUAUACUACUACUAACAAUAAUGAUAAUAUUAAAUUUAUAAAAUUAUUUCACGAUAAUUAUUAUAAUUUAUUUUACUGUAUGCACUUACACAAUGAUGAUAAAAAAUGCAACUCACUAUUUAAGCACUUUUUUCAAACAAUAAAUUAUGACCAAAUUGGUAAAAAAUAG